AAGCUGCUGGUUCAAACAAGGGGGCGGGGGGGAGGCAACGGUGGAUUAAAUUCCAUCAGAGCAGCAUCAAAACAGCGGUGGCCAGCUGUGUUUCUGGACGGUCACAUCUGUUGUUGUCGUCGCUGUCCAUGGUGCUGAACUCGUGCUCCAGGAAUGGUGGAGACGCUGAGUAUCGCAGUCAUCGGCGCUCCCGGAGUGGGGAAAACUUCUAUAAUCCGCCAGUUCAUCUAUAACGAUUUCUCGGAGGUGUACACACCGACCAGGACCAGAUAUGUGUACAGACCCUCCGUCAUCCUCAACGGGAACAUGUAUGACCUGAAGAUUUUGGACGUCCCGCCAAUCUCCUCCUUUCCAUCCAGCUCCAGUCAGGAGUGGCUGGAUUUGCGCUGCAGAGGUGUGCGCAAUGCCAACGCCUACAUCCUGGUGUACGACAUCUGCUGCGUGGAGAGCUUUGAAUACGUCAAGAUGAUCAGACAGCAGAUAGUGGAGCACAGGUAUGGCAGCAGUAGUGAGGUGCCGAUCCUAGUGGUGGGCAACAAGAGAGAUCUGCAGCGGCAGCGCUUCAUGCCUCGCAGGGCGGUGUCAGUCCUGGUGAAGAAGACCUGGAAGUGCGGUUACGUGGAGUGCUCUGCCAAGUUUAACUGGCACAUAAUCCUGCUCUUCAAAGAGCUGCUGGGCAUCGCCGUGGCACGGGGUAUGCGCCAGAACCACACCUCCAUCCGUCUGCAGGGGGCGCUACAGAGGAACCGCUGCACCAUCAUGUGACCCAGAGAGCUCCCGCCACCCUCUCCCCUCAGGAGUGGAGCGGCAUCGGAGAAAAAAGAACUUUUGAUCUAAAUGGCUGGAAAAAUACCCUGUGGCCUGCUGCUUUACUGAGCUGAUAGGUUUAUUAGUCUUGCGCUGUAAAAGACACUCAAAUUUCACACGUGAUCAUCCGACCACUUCCUAGUCAGAUCCUGCCAAAUGUGUUAAUGCAAGGAAGGAGGUAGGAGAGAGAGCAAGGGAAAACCAAUACGACUAGCAUAGCACAGUUAUUUUUUCUCUCAUCAACUAGACAGUUACUCAUUUGAGGCUUUGCUUCUCAAAAUACCCAAACGCAGGUCUCUUUGAGGGUUGUCUUGUGGCUGUAGCUGGGCCUGACAGGGUGGAAGCUGUGUUAUUGAGACUCAAAACGGAGAGGCAGCAAUAUCAUUGAGUCUUCCUUUUGAAUUUGUCAUAUUCAGUAAGGUCAAGAGCAGACGCUCAUAUCUGACAUAUUUGGAUUUGUUUGAGGGUUAAUUAACAAGAUAGUAUAAUACAGAGCAAAAGAAUAGUUAAUGCUUUACUUCUGGGGGGAUUAUCUUAAAAUAGAUAUGAUUAGAUUGUGUUUUAUUUUAGAUUCUGAGAAGUAGCCUGCAUUUUUUUCCCCAUUUCAACCUUGGCUUACAGUGAGAGAUGUUUGUUCAGGCAAAGGAGGUUUUAAGGUUGUCUAGCAGCAGAAAAUGCUGCAGUCCGUAUCGUGAUGUACUGUGUGGCUUUCAUCUGCUCCCUCCUCUCAUUCAGUGUCUGUUUCUGAUGAAUACGUUAAAUCCAGGAAACAGGGGACCUGCAGGAGGCUGCAGAGCCUGAAACAAACCCCUGUAUGGUUGUUGUCAUGUGGAUGUUUAUAUGUGUGUGUUUGUGUGUGUGAGAGAGAAAGAGUAAGAAAGCAAGACAGGGAGGCAGGUUUGAAAGCUGACAUUCAGGCAAGCAAAGGACAGACAGCAAGAUAAGAGACGUAGAUGUAGAAGCGUUGGAUUAGGAAGGAGCAAUAAAAUCUCACAGAGAUGACAGUAUGACUAUAUGUACCACCAUAUUAUAUAAAAAAUGCCUCACAUAUAAGUAGACCAUCUACUUGUGCUCAGAUAUCCUGCAGAAAUAAAGAAGCAGAGCUUAAAGCUGUGGUAGGCACUUUAUUUUUGCCGUUGUUGGGCAAGAAUUCCAUAAUAAUCUUUCAGCAUAUUGUAAUUUGAGUGGCAUGAGAGAAAACUAGACUUCUGCACAUUCUCUUGGCUCUGUUUCCAGGCUUCAGAAUAUCUAGCCGUCACGGGUGACUUUGGUCAAUCAAAGGUCAUUGAAGAGAGAUAGAGCAUUCCCAUUGGCUGCUCAGCGCAUGCAUUGCCCUUGCGACAAAAAGGGAGAGGGAGAGCUGCUGGAAGAUAUUUCAUUCUACUUCUAAUUCUGCCAUUUUUUUUGCAUUCUACCCACUGCAGUUUUGAAGGGGCUGUCCUCGAUAUUGAGAAUUAUAGCAGCAUGUAAAGAUAUAGUGGAGUAAUGUGUCCUGAGCAGAGAAUGAAGUCACACUACCUCUGUGUGUGUUGUAAUCUGAGCUUCAAAAAACCAUAGGUGUUUCACGUAUUGAGAAAUGGUCUGUGAGAGCUGUGUGGAAGCAAUCCCAGCCCGCUGUUUUUUUCAGUAUUUUGAGUACAGCCCCUUUGAUGACUUCCACAAAAACACCCCAUGAGUGCAUCACAGGGAACCUUAAUAAAGCUUUCAUAUCAGUAUCUGAAUAGUAUCUAACUGGUAAUGUUGUGAGAUUAAUAGUUACUUUUUUAUUUAAUUAGGCCUAGUUACAAUAGGUAGUUUGUGAAAAUGGCUGCACUGAAAGUAAGCAGACCUAUUGUAUAUAAGAGUGAUUCAUGGAGUAAUUGAUUUGCAUGCUUUUGUUGGUAGAGCCAACAGGUCAGGGUUUAAUUGCACUGAUGUGAAAAUUUGAUAUUGUGUUUAAUUUUUGUAAUAAAGUACAUGGUUUUCUGACACUGUAAUGAGCAGCUGAGUGGAGUGAAUGUGGUCGUUUUUCACUAGAAUGUGAGAGCACAAGCUCAUGAUCGCUCCAAGAUGUGGUGUUGGACCCUUCAAUCAGGCAGAUGGCUGUGUUUGUUUUUUUCUUGUACAAAAAAAGAAAUAUGUAGCAGCAACUGUGUGUAGCAUGAGUUCUCAUCAGUUUGUCUGUGUGCGUUU